AUGAACGAUGCUGGUGCGGGGGGUGCACGGGGGGGCGAACUUCGACAAUCGUUGUCAGAGAAGACCAAGGCUCUGGCUGCAAAGUGCCAUGCCUUCAGGUCGCCGGCGCGCGACCAUCGUGGAACCGAGCGCCGUCGCACCAGGAUUCGCAAGUCACAGACGAGGUGGUACGUCAAGCAGCCAACAUGGCGGUUAUGGGGGGAGGAACGAGUAGAUGGCGCUAUCUACACAGUAUAUUUGAAGAAGGUGCGUUACCAUCGGCCUACGCGCUGCGCUUCCAGUGAAUCCGAUGAUGAAAUCUCCCAUCUAGAGUGGGAGACGGUUCGUGUGAGGUUUGUGAAGGCAGGAACCGUUGAGAGGCUCGUAGAGGCACUAGCUACCGACGAUGGCGAGCUUGAAUCCACAUACGUCAACGUUUUCCUCGCAACGUAUAGAUCAUUCGCGGAGUGUAGUAAGGUGCUCGACCUGUUACUGCGGCGAUAUGAAGCCCUCGCCGCUGAAGACGUACUUUCUACUGGGACAGAUAAUUCGCUCCAACACAGAAAGACUCUUGUGGCGUGUCUACAUGUUUGGCUGGACACCUACCCGGAGGACUUUCGACAACCCCCUCAUCAUCCGGCGCUACAGCAGCUCCUCACCUUCACCCAAAUAUAUUUACCUGGAUCGGAACUUCAUUCGAAGGUGUUGCAGAAGCUAGCAGUAUUUAGUGCGGAACGAAAUGGUAGCGGAGUUAGUGGUGGCGUUUGCCUCGCCCCGGGCAUGCGAUUGCCUGCCCAUCACACUAGCACCUACCGCCUUCCACAUGUACCCCACCGACAUUUUGCUGAACAGUUAACGAGAAUGGAUAUGGAAUUAUUUAAAAAAUUAGUCCCUCACCAAUGUCUCGGCGCUGUGUGGUCACGACGAGACAAAGAUCGAUCGCAUGAUGCCGCCACAGUUUUGGCAACAGUUAAUCAGUUUAAUGCUGUUUCUUUUAGAGUAAUAUCAACAGUUUUAGUAGAACCCAACCUUAAGCCGAUUGAGCGUGCAGACAUUCUCGCCACAUGGUUAGAUAUUGCAAGGGAGUUAAGGGUGCUCAAAAACUUUUCGUCCCUUAAGGCCAUAAUUUCAGGACUACAAAGUAAUUCUGUGUAUAGGUUAAGAAAAACAUGGGCUCUUUUAAACAAAGAAAAAGCGGAACUAUUUGAAGAAAUGGCUCGUAUUUUUAGUGAAGACAACAACCGCUGGGCGCAAAGAGAAUUAUUGAUGCGAGAAGGAACAGCUAAAUUUGCAGAUACAGUCGGAGAGAACGACCGACAAUUACAAAAACUUCUCCACGAACGGGGUUCGCCGGGAGUAAGCCACGGCACCAUACCUUAUUUAGGCACCUUUUUAACAGAUCUUACAAUGAUUGACACGGCAAUCCCAGACACGGUUGCGGAUGGUCUAAUUAAUUUUGAUAAAAGACGAAAAGAAUUCGAAGUCCUGGCUCAGAUUAAGUUAUUACAGGGUGCUGCAAAUGCAUAUCAUUUACAACCUGAUCCCAUGUUCGAUAGAUGGUUUGAUUCCGUUAUUGUUCUAGAUGACAGAGAAGCCUAUCAACUUUCGUGUCAAAUAGAACCCCAAACGAAUCCACCGAAAGAGAGGCGCUCGAAAAAGCCCAAUGACACCAGCAACCUUAGUCACAGAAAGAACGACUCAAUCGCAAGUACAAGUUCGAGCAAUAGUUCUCAAUUUUACUGUGAAACAGAUGGCGUUGCGAAUACGUGGAAGCGAGAUAGCUUGGAGCGCCGUUCUUCACCUACUAGGUUAUCCCACGGUUCCUCCUCAUCGUCGAUACCGUCCUUGGACAUCUCUCUGUCUAGUGCCAAUAGUGGGCAAAAGCAAGCGAAUGGAAAAUCUGUCGCCAACAGCCCAGCUCACGCGAACACUCUGAACGGUCCCGAUUUUUACAUAAUUCGCGUUACUUACGAAUCUGACAGCGUCGAAACAGAAGGCGUCGUUUUAUACAAGUCAAUCAUGUUGAGUAACAAUGAACGAACGCCCCAAGUGAUUCGUAAUGCAAUGCUCAAAUUGAAUCUAGAUGGUGAUCCUGAUAGUUACACCUUAGCACAAGUUUUGCCGGAAAGAGAAAUGGUACUUCCAGCCAACGCCAACGUCUAUUACGCUGUCAACACUGCGUACAAUUUGAAUUUUAUUUUAAGGCCGCGAAAAAUUGAUCAGACUGAUGUAGUUUUAAACGGUAAAGCAAAAAACAAGCGUGCUUGA